AUAUAUGUAUAUCAACAAUAAUCAUAAUAAUUUAUAUUAUUGUUGUUAUUUGAGUUAUUAUAUUUUAAUACAAUAUAAUAAUAUAUGAGAUAGUUGUGAUUUGUUGGUUUAAUGUCAAACAGUAGGAAUUAUCAAAAGUGUAAACGAAUAAAAAUGUAAAUGUGAUAUUGUCAUGAGUGGUCCAGACCUUCAAGAGCACUCGUACGUGAAAGUGCUGUAUGACUUUCAAUACAAAACAACAGAAGGUCGGGAGAUAGCUAUAAAAAAGAAUGAACGAUUGUAUUUAUUACAAAAAACAAAUGCUGAUUGGUGGCAAGUUGUCAGGACUUGGGAGCAGAGAUCUUUUUACGUACCAGCAACGUACGUUAGAGAGAUGUCAAAGAACAGCGGUAGCAAUCCGAAAAAGACAUCUGAUGAAGACAAAGAUAUAGCAUUCGAGACACUAGAUGGACCUAAGUAUAAAAAUAUGCCCAAGGAAUCAUCUAGUGCCAUGAAAAACGUCAAGAAAUGGCUGGCGGGUGCUAUGGAUAGCAAGCAAGAGUCAUCCUCGACUACUGCGUCGUCUUCAUCGCUCUCUAAAUCACUUUAUAUCACUGAUGACUCUCAUAAACACAAUGCUAUGGAUUACCAAUCACGCGCGGAAUUAAAGGUCGGGUUGGCAGCCAUCAAGGCUAAGUCGUUGGAACGUGAUCGCGAACGCGAACGUGAUCGGAGAUCGACUUACGAGAAACAAAUAUCCGAGCAGAUUGAAGUAAAACAUAAAAAACGACCCAAUGAAACGCCAAAAAAAUUACCCAAUACAAUGGGUAUAAAAGAUAUUGAUUUAGAUUCAUUGUCUUCUUCUCCUUCUUCGUCUUACAGUAAACUCACCAAGAGCUUCUCAACGAGUCCAAAGUCUUUUGAUGUACCUACCGCAAGAAUAGACAUCCCGCUGCCUGACCCAUUCAGACAGGAAUUAAAGAGUAGUUUAGAUCGCCGGCGCAAGAUAUCUGAUAACACCGAUUAUGACAAACUCGUUCAGGAAAACCGCAACCACGAGUUAAAUCGCCAGUCGAGAAUAAGAACCAAGUCCUCUCAUUCAGAUGAUUCUCAGUUGGAAAGCGAUAAUGACGAAAGAUUUCUUUCGCGCGUUGAUGAGAACCCCAAGAAACCAGAUAAUGAUAAACCAGAGUCAAAGCUCAGUGUUUCGCUGAGAGAAGAGCCCGGCAGCGGUCGUCAGAGCCCCAGUGUCUCGAAUAGAAACAGCAGGAGUCUAGAUCUUGAUUCAAAGCAAUUUUGCUUACGCACUGAACGGAGUUUGAGCCCCAAGCCAACAUACGGAAGGCAGCUAACUGUCGCCGGACAAAUUACUGAUGAGGAAGCUGAUGUGAAUCCUGGUAAUACCAGCGCCAGUGGUGAUUGCAAAAUUCUUAAUGACAAACGACGUACUUGGGCCGUCGAAGAACUCAUGUCCGAAUUGACCCAGAUGUGUCGCGAGAGAGUUAACAAUAAAAAACCACCAAACUUUCAGCUCAAGAGUACGGAAAUAAAAGGUAAUUUUGAUCCGUUGGAUGAACUCACCAGGGAAUUACAUGAAAUGAAUUUACAAAGAUCCGAAGGUGGGACUACUCCGCAAGCAGAGACGCGCAGUGAAUUUAAAUCCAGCGAUGGCUCGCCGAGCAGUAAUAUAUGCAAGAUAUCAAUAAACUCAACAAGUGUCAAUAAAGCUAAUGAUUUAAAUUCGUUGAAUACGAGUGUGGUGAUAAGCAAAGAAGAGGAUGAACUUGAAGACAUUACUGAGCACUCAAAUAUAUCUGAAGCAUCUGAUUUGUCGGAUAACUCUCUGGCAUUUCGUUACCCGAAGAAUGAAAAGUCAACAUUUACAUUUCGGACUGGCGAGGUACUGCCUCAAUCGAAACCGCUAAAAUCACCAAAGUCACCGAAAAUAGACGAAUACAACGAGGCAAAUAUAUUAAAUGACUGCUCACCGGACGAUAAUAAACCUUUAUCUCUCGAUAAGCAAUCGCAUUAUCGCAAAAGUAAGACAAUCACAACAACGACAGCUAAUCAUACGAGUCAUUCGAGUCCGGACAAUGAUCAGGAAUCAUUGGGAUACUCGAACCUGAAAAUGCGUCACUCUAGUAAAGUUAAAAUGCGUCCGAAAAUAAAAGUCAAAGCAACGGUAACUGGUGAUACGCCCGGGGAAUUGAAAUUGACACCUUCGUUGGAAAAACUCGCGAGUGAAAUACAAUUUUUGCCGGCUAAAAAAACAACAAAUACUAUUAAUGUCAAUAGUAAUUACAAUAAUAUUAAUGACAGUACCAACAGUAAUAUUAAUAGUAAUAGUAAUAAAAUAAUUCAUAAAAAUACAUCGUCGUUUAACGAGAGUAUGAGUGACGGAGACGCUUACGAUGACAGUGGGAUACAUGACGAGACCUACAGAUCUGAAGACUCGGGGAGUGGCAGGCGUAAUAUCAUUUACAGCAAUAGCUUUAAAACAAAACGUGAAGGCAGGUACUUCCAACGGCAUGAGUUUACUGACGACGAUGAUGACGAAGAGGAUGAUGAAGAUGAAGACGAGGAAGACGAUGAUGGGAUUAUGAGAUCUGCUAAAAAGUGUAAUCUCAAGAAAAGUUCAACACUCCAUUGUACUACGAUACCUGAAAACUAUCGGCGUUUUAGAAUCAGCAACGAGUUGGCUGCUAUUUUGGCCAGUUCUAAGCGACGAAGCAGGAGCUUGAGUGAUUUGAAUUCUUUUGAUGAUGAAGAAGACACAAUUAUGGAAAAUAAAACCUACCCGGAAAAUUCACCAAAAAUAAAACCGGUACCUCUGCCGAGAACCAAAAUACCGGCUAUUAAAUCUGAAGACGAAUUAUCAACGCGAUUGGAUGACAGAACUGCACCCAGCGGGGAAGAAAUAAAAGGCGUGGCACCGGUGCCCAGGAAGAUCAUCAGCAGAAAAGAAUAUCCAGAAGUUUGGGUAAAUUCGAAACAAGUUUCAGGGUACAGCAGCAAAAAUUACGCCCAUCAAACGACAUCGGAGGUUGACAUCGAGUCUAGCACUGCCGUUGGCUUCAAAACUCUGCUCUAUACGUCCGACAGCGGCUCAGACAACUGCCUUCAAUCUAAAGAACUCGUAAACAACGACUCCAGUGAAAAGCAUCAUCACAAUUAUAGUCAUAGUAAUUUUAAAAAUCGCGGAAUAGAGAAAUCGAGCUCCGGAGUUAAUUUAAAAAAAGACGGAGUCAAAGUCCGAGAGAGUCCCUCAGACGAUCAAAUUCUCAGCUCAAAUGCCAGCUCGGAAGCUCUGCAAAGUCAGUCGGAAUCUGAAUUUACUGGUGGCUUCGACGCGUCAUCCCAACCCAGUCCCGUGAGUACUCGGACAGCUCAGGAUUGCUACGAGUGUGCAAUUGAUCUACCGCCCGGUUGGACUCAAAAGUACGAUCCCCACACCGACCAAAUUUGUUUCAUCAACGACCAGGGUGAUAAGUGGUUCUCCUCAAAUGAUGACGAAGGCAAGAUAUACUUUUUCGAAGAGAAUAGCAAUGAAUCUUCAUGGGUAUUGCCAACGGUCACGGCUGGUAAAUCUCAAACCAAAGCACCUGCUCAUAAAGAAGAAAAACCAAUGGAAGAGGAUAGUAGUGCAGCAAACGAACUCUCUCAGCCGGAAAAUCUACUCACCAGUGCACCUUACGCUAAUCAGAACUCAAGUAAUCAUGACAGCGGGUCUGCAUCAGUAUCAGUGUCUGGCUCGAAAAAACCCGGUCUGAGCGACUGGCCGCAGUUGUCAUUCGAUGGCAACAUGAAAAUAUUGAAAGAAGGGCCGAUAAGCCGGACCAAGAUAACGGAGAACGGAAAAAAGUUGCGUAAAAAUUGGAGCACUUCAUACGCUGUGCUGACGGAAUUAUUUUUACUUUUUUUCAAAGACUCCAAAACGUUUAACACGAUGAUGAAGAGCGGUCAGUCGCCCAUAGCAAAGCCCGACAUAUCAGUUGAUCUGAAUGGGGCAAUUAUUGAGCCCGGGGAACGAGCUAGUAGUAGAAAAAAUGUUUACAUGAUCGGUACUGUACUUGGUCUUCAAGUACUUAUACAAAGCGAUAACACAGCACUUGCCGCUGAAUGGUUUCAAGAGAUCCACGGAGCCAUACGAAAACUGCCAUUCAGCUUCAAAUCUCAAGCAAAACCUUUUGCUGGACCACCGGAAGUACGUAAAAUUAGCAACAGUAAAUUAUCAAUCGAGUCUAAUCAAUCUGAAGAUUCAAAGAAGUCAUCCAAGGUCGCACGAUCAAGAUCUAUGAAAAGUAAAUAUUUAUUUAUGUCUGCUAAUGUACAGACGAUCACUCGUAGACACUGUAGUUUAAUGCAUGUUAUUAAUAUUGCGGUAAAGAGACUCGAUGACUCACUGGAAGAUCUCAGUGGAACUGCUGCUGAAAGACAAACUAAAAUAAAAGCUAAAUUACGGAGAUUCUUCCAACGACGUCCUCCCGUUGAAUCUUUAGUCAAAAACGGUAUUUACAAAAAUGAGCCGGCAUUCGGUUCAUAUUUAAAAGACGUCUGUCCAACGGAACAUCCACGGGUACCAAUUUUCGUAAAAACGUGUAUCGAAGUACUGGAAAGUAACGAAGACAACAUGAAGACUGACGGUUUAUACCGAGCGAGCGGUAAUUUAAGUCAAAUUCAAAAGAUACGAUUGCAAGUCGAUCAGUAUAAUCUUAGCGUAUUAUCACAAGAGGAAGACGUUCAUGUGCUGACUGGUGCAUUAAAAUUAUUUUUCCGCGAGCUUAAAGAACCGCUGAUACCAUCAAGUUUUUUUAAGGAUGCACUUAGUGCCAGUAUGCAGAAAAAAACAUCUGAUAAAAUCCGAUGCUUCCGUGAAAUAGUAAAAGCAUUGCCACCAGCAAACUACGACACUCUAUUAUUUUUAUUGAAGCAUCUGCUGAAGGUAACUUUGUACCAAGAGUUUAAUCGUAUGCAUAUACCAAAUUUGGCGAUAGUCUUCGGUCCGACGUUGAUGUGGCCGGCUGAGGAAAGCGCAAACAUGGCUUUAGAUCUUAUGCAACAAAAUUUAGUUAUCGAAUGCCUUUUGUCUGAGUACAAUAAGAUUUUCAAAUAGAUUAUAAAUAUAUAUAUUUUAUUUAUUUUUUAAUUAAAAUAUAAAACAUUACACAUUACAGAUUACACUAAUGAACAAAAUAUAUAAUAAUGUUAAUUAAUAAUAAUAUUUAAUUAAACUAAAUCAACAUAAGGAUGAAUCAUAAUGUCAAGAAAGUAUCAAAGCAUCCUUUUAGGUAUUUAAAUCAUUCCGAGGAAUUUAACUUCAGGAUCAUACGAAUUUAGUGGAUUCAAAAUAUAUAUCGUCAUUUAUUUUUUGAAAUAACUCGUGGCACAAAAAAAUUGACAUCUUUUUGUUAAAUUUAUGGCCAUUCUGUCAGUGCCCCCACUUUUUAUAAAUUUUCAAUAACUCCUGUCAUAACCGUAUCAAAAUUUGAUUAAUUUAAAAAAAAUUAAUUAGAGUUGUUAUCAAUUGGGAGUUUCAUGAAAUUUGGAAAAUAAAUUUCAGUAAAAUCUUCAUGUCAGUAUUUUACAGAAUUCAAAUUUUCAAAUUUUUUUGGCUGGAAUUUCCCGCCAUUUUUUAAAAAUAUCCAAUAUUAAUUAAUUAUCGUUAUUAAUUAAAAUUUUAAUAAAUCAACUCCUGAUUAUUGGUGGCAGUAAUUUAAAAAAAAUUAAUUUAUCAAAUUUUGAUAUCGCAAUUCAAAUUAAUUGGAUGUAUUAAAAAAGUAGGGGGAGGAAGUGGUUACGAAAUCCUGUAGUUAAAAAAAAGGAAUUAUGAUUAAUUAAUCUUGGGUCGACUAUAAUCCAAACGCCAUUAAAAUUGCGAACAAGUAUUUUCUUCGUUGCUAAAAGUUUAACUUCAUGCACAAAUUAUAUAUUACAUAAUUUUUUUAAUUAUACAAAAAUAAAUAAUAUAUAUAAAUAUACAUACGUAACAGCCGAGCAAUGCAUGAGCUCGGCUGCAGUAAUUAACCGUUUAAAAAAAAUUACCAAAAUGUGAUUGUAUUUAUGUAAAUAACCUGAUGAGCAGAGAAAAUGAUAAUAAUUGUUGAUAGAAAUUCGGCAGCAGGGUUUUUUUUUUUUUUUUUUUAAUUGCAACAUCACUCAAUUAGGACUGUAUUAUUUUAUUAAUUUAAGUAUUAAUAAUUAAAAGUAAUAAUAAUAAUAACAACAAUAAUUAACGAACAAAAGAAUGCCUCUUACAUUCCCUAUGGAUUGACUGUGACGACAACUCGCAAUUUCCAUUAUUAAUAAAAAUAAAACGUCCGUCAUAUCUGUCAGUUUUAAAUAAUUAAAUAUUCAAUUUAUUAUUCAUAUUUAUUAUUAUCAUCACUUAUAAUUUUAUUUUCUAAUCGCUAUUGAUAUUUUGCAUGAUACCAUAAUUAUAGUGUUCUCUAUUUACCUUUAAUUAAAAUUCUAAUUAAAUAGGUAAUUAGUGUAAUUAUAAAACAUCACAAUCUGAUAAUUAUUUCGUUGGUUUAAAAUAAUUGUAUUUUAAAAAUUAAUAGAUUUAAAAAAAAAAAUUAUAAUAUUUUUAAAAGUAAUUAAAUAUGAGUAGAAUCAAUUGGUGAUAUUGUUAUUGUUUAAAUAAUAUAAAUAAUAAUAAUUAUAAUUAUUGUUAAAAAAUUAACUUAAAUGUUGAUGAAGUGACGUCUCGCCAAAUUGCGGCAGCUUCACCCUCCCUAAUUAAAUGAUUUUACAAAAAAACAAAUGUCCUAUAGGUAAAUUUAACUUGAAAAAAAAAGUAAAUAAUUAUUGUAUUUAUUAUUAUUGUUAAAUUAUAAAAUUAUAGUCUAUUGUAGGAAUGGAAAAAAUAUGGGGUGUUGGUCUUAUAAAAAAUAUUUAUCUCGAAUUAUGAAUAUUAGAAGUAAAGCGAAAGAAAGACUUUAUCGAAUGUUUAUAGAUCGAACUAUAUUUAUUUUUAUAAAAAAAAGAUAAUGGUAGAGGUGAUUAUAUUGAAUGAGGUAUACUAUAAUUGAUAAUGAUAAUUAUAAAUGAUAAUGCACUAUUGAUAUUUGAUGAAUUUAAAUAAUUAUUUUAAAAGUCAGUGGCUAGAUUAUUCAUUUUUAUUUUUUUCGUGGAAAUUCGCACAACCAAAUUCAUACGUUUGUUUAAAAAAAAUACAUUGAUAAUUAAUAAUUAAUAAUUGAUAAUUGAUAAUCAAAUGUGUGAUAGAUAAAAUAAAAUCAUGUAAUAUUUAAAUAAAAUAAUGAAUUUUCUUCUUUACAAUGUAACGGUUGUGUCAAAGAUUAGAUUCCUAAUUAUAUUAUUAAAAUUAUUAAUUACGCUGUAGUAUUAAGACUGUUCAUUAUUAAAAUAAAAAAAGCAACAAAGUAAUAUAAUAAAUAAAUAAAUAUGUCGAAAUGUCAUGAGUAUUAGGACCUGAGUCCGUAAAACCUGUAUAGCUUCCAGUAGAUCAAAAAAAAGUUUUAAUUGAAUUUAAAAUCGAGUGUCAUGUUCGUUAAAUUUCAGCUUUUAAAUUUAAAACGUGCAAUCAAAAGAAAUAAACAUAUUACGUAUAGCUAAAUUUAAAAUAUAACAUUUUUGUAUAAAACGUUUGUUUAUUUAUA